CAGCUGUUGUCGAGUCACAGAGCAACGUUGUGUAGCAAGUUGGGGGAAUGUCGGGACCCUGCAUUGUGUUUGCACCUCGCUGGACUGGUGUUGUUUCAAACCAUGACCCACUUGAUUAUCCACGCAUCUGGAAAGUUUGUUCCGCAAUUGCUGCAGUUCAUGAAAGCUGAUUUGGAAAAGGCCGGAGUCUUUGAUGACUUGUUUCGUUACCAAGAGGCCAUUUGCUUCAUCAGUUUAGGUGGAGUAGCUGAAGUUUCUGGACAGUUGAUA